AUGCAAGAUCCAGAAAAACUGAAAAAGCGUUGGGAAUUCCAGCGCGCCUAUCAGAGCGGCAGUAAGUAUUGGAAUCGCUAUUUUGUGAUAUACGUAUUCCACACCCAUUUCAAUAACCUCCGAUUGGGAAUAACCGUCAGCAAAAAAGUCGGAAAAAGCGUUCAACGGAAUCGCGUCAAAAGGCUAAUUCGUGAAUCGUUUCGGCAGUUACGCCCACGAGUAAAAACUGAAUACGACAUCGUAGUCGUCGGAAGAACAGAAGCGUGUCGGCUCACGUGUCAAGCAGCAAAAGAUGGAUUGUUUCACCUCUUUCGGAAAGCAUCUAUUUUAAACAAUCCAGCCAGGGACAGUCUAAGACAAGGUAGAAACGAUAGCAGUCAAUAA